CGUGAUGAACCCUCCCACAGGAGACCCCUUCACCACAGGAGGGUUAACCCUAACCCCCUGUCUCACCCCCCAGAGCAGCAGACGCAGCGGUGAGGCAGCACUCAGAAACAACAUCUACAUGUUGCUCAUAAAUGUUGGUCAGAUAGACAUGUUUUAUUUUGAAACACUCAAACUGAAGAUGAACUUGGUUCAGAUGUCUGAUGCUCAAUGCUCCUCUUCUGCUAACCGUAACAUUACAUUAGAUGUUUCGAUAUGUCAGAGCGUUUACUGACUUUAACAUAAAGUCCUCCACAAUCACAGCUUUCCCUCCAGCCUCCCAGGUUCUGUGUUACUUUUAGUCCUAUUUUAGUCCUCGUCCUGCAGUGUGAAGUGGAGAAGGUAUCCAGGUCCUCAGAUGGAGAUCCAGGUUCUGCAGCAGUGAAGCAGGCUUCUUGUUGCUAAUUAGCUUUAGCUUAGUAGCAUGUUUCCAGUUGGUGCAGUCGAGGCUUCGUGCUGAGGAGCUCAGGGGAAUGUUUAAAUGUGUAGCUCCUGCUACUCAAAGAAAAGCAAGAAUAUUAGCAGAACAAAUGCUGAACAGCAAAGCAUCUGCACUGUAGUUGCAGUUCAUUGGUCUUUUUUUGUAAUAAAAUGGUCUAAUAUUUAUAUUUACACCUUUGUUGUGAACUACAUAACAAUCCUGUCUAUUGUUUAGCUUUAUCUGUUGUCCCAGCUGUUAUUUCUGGUGUAAUAUGAUCUUAUUUCUUUGAUCUAAUGAGUUCUUUGGUUCUAUGUUUAUGACUGAAUGAAGACCCUUGUUGUCAUAAACAGGCUGCAGAGAAGUGGAUUACUCUAAUCAGUUCUUAAUGCGCUGAAAAGCAUGCGCAAGGAUUUCAGCAUCUGAAUUGAAUAAAAUGGACCAGUCUUGGUCACGUAAAUAAAAUAAUCUUGAUUUGCAGCUCAGAAAAUGUGAUUCCGAUGUGUUCCCUAAGUCUUGACUAUCCGGCUCUGAGAAGUUGUGAAGACGUUAAUGUAAAAGUGAUCCAUGUAUGGAACUAAAGAGCAACACCGUGCUGCUCCUUUUAUUAUGUAAACGUAGAAUGUUACACAGAUGUGUGUGAAACCAGUUGUUAGAAAAGCUGAACGACAAAAUUCAAUCAACAUCCUGUGGAACAGCAUGAAACAUGAUGGAACAGACACAUUCUCUCAUGUUUCUGAUCAACGGGUUGUUUCUUUACUUCUUCUUCUCUGUUUUCUGACAGAUUGUCUGGUUUAUUCUAAAAAGAAGCCAACCUGUCUGUCUCUCUGUCUCUCUGUCUGUCUGUCUGUCUGUGAUCCUGCAGGUCAGAGUGAUGGAGAAGGCAGAAGAAUGUUUCCGUACCCGGUGCCCCCCAUUGAAGAGAAUGUGUUGGAUGAGGGGAAGCUGCUCAAACCCUGGGACACCAAGAAGUUGCCUCUGUUGUCGUCCCGACCAAAGUCCUGUGAAGUCCCCGGCAUCAAUAUCUUUACGACGCCGGAGCAGCCGUCCACUCCGACUCACGGCGUCCCGUCAGGCCUCAAUACCGGUGGCUCUCUUCCGGAUCUGUCCAGCCUCCACUUCCCCUCCCCGCUGCCCACACCACUGGAUCAGGAUGAGCCCGGCUACCCAGGAUCCUCCUCUCUGAGCGGGGGGGGCAGCACAGGGAACCUGGCCUCCACCCUCACUCAGCUGGGCAUCAAUGCCGCCAACUCACAGGGAGGCAACGGCAACUUCCACCACCACACACCAGGUCUCCUUGCGUCUCUACAGAGCACGCUCAGUAACCCCUCCCUGCAGUCAUCACUAAGCAACCCCAACAUCCAGUCAUCGCUGAGCAGCCACUCCUUCUCCAACUCUUUAAGCUCCGCCUCCUUGCACUCGUCGCUCAGCAACCCCUCGCUGCAGUCAUCUCUCAGCUCCUCCCCCUCCCUGCCGUCCUCCCUCAGCAGCCAAUCGCUGCACUCCUCCCUUAGUAACUCCUCCCUGCAGUCGGUGUCCAGCGGUAACCCCGCCUACAGCUCUGGCUCCUCCUACUCGCCACUGCUCAGCGGACAGAACCAGCCGUCACUCAACACGUCACCACGGAGACGGGCACAGCUCUCCCCGCUCAUCCUGCCCAUGGGGGGGGAGUCACGAAGGCAUCACAACAAACAGUUCUCCCCCACCAUCUCCCCCACCCUGUCCUCCAUCACACAGGGCGUCCCUUUGGACACCAGCAAACUCCCUCUGGACCAGAGGCUCCCUCCGUACCCACUCAGCCAGUCCCACCAGCCUCUCCCCGGUCUGCAGGGCUCCCAGCCGGGGCAGCAACCCUCUCCGAUGAGCCAGCACCACCAACAGCUGCACCGCCUCCAGCAGCCGCGGCCUAACGCUCAGCAGCAGCAGCAGCUUCACAUGCAGAACCUACGCAACUCACAAAACCAGCACAUGCAGCAGCACUUUGGAUCGCAACAGAGGCCGAUGGAGCAGCAGGUGAACACAGUGAACUCGCAGCUGAUAAAGAACGAGAGGCCGACAGAUCAGUGUGUGCAGAGCUCCUCUCAGUGUCACGUCAAACAGGAAACCGAGCAACAGGCGGAGCAGCACCAAGCCGACGGCCUGCCACAGCUCCAGCAGAUCAGCCACAACUUGGCCACCGACCUCUACAACGAUGCCUUGUUCAACUCUCUACUGGACGACCCCUAUCUGAGUCUCCAGUUCACAGGCAGAUCCACCCAGCAGGUAACCCAGCUCCACUCACAACAUCAGCUGCCAACUAAAGGCUACGACACCCUCUUGAGCUGCAAGGUUUGACGCAAGUUGCUGGUCCUUCUCACUUAUGGCAUGUUAUUCCUCAGGUCUCCCCCCUCCCCUUGACUAUACAUCAAGAAAUAGAGUUGAGUUUUAUGGCUGAAAUAAUCAAGUUUCAUUCAUCUAUUGUGAUUCUAUAUGUCGUAGCAUUAGUAGCAUUUAUUACAACUAUUAUUAUUAUUACUAUUAGUUUUAUUACGGACAUGCGGAGGAGGGUCUUAUUUUGAGAAAAGAACUCUGGUAUUCUGUAAGAAUAAAGUGACAAGUAAAAAACUUUUUUGUCUUUGAGAUUAUGUGUUUUUUUCUCAUAAUGUUACCACUUUAAUCUCUUCAAUUCUCAGUUUGUUCUUCGAAUAUUACCCGACUCCGUGAUUGAUUUUAUAUUUCCCCUGCCAUAGGAGGUGUUACUUCUGUUAAAGAAGAAAAAAAGGUUUUAUUGUUUAGAUUCAGUAGAUGGAAGCUGAGCUCUUGGACCAAAACGACAGGAGAAGCACCCUCUUGACUUUUUGAAGUGCAGACAUGAGGACCUUUAGAAGCUGCAAAAGGAGACCAAAGGACUCUGAUGAUGUCUUGUUGAGUUUGUAGUGGCUCAGUCAGGGUUUACUUUUGGUCUUUGAAUGGCUGCUAGUUGGCCCCAGACUUAUUUCCUUCAUACCAGAUAAUCUACCAAGUUUAACAGCUAAGCCUUUGUCUCACUCCUUCAAUCUGUUUUCUGUGUAUUUGUUCUUCUAAAUCCAAACAAGCCAAAUGUGCAUGUUGUGUCUCAGAUGAUUAAAUCAAUCUAACUCAGAGGUGGAAGAAGUAUUCAGGUCCUUUACUGCAGAAAGGUACUAAUACCUCACUGUGAAAAUGUAAAAGUCCAACAUUGAUAACCUUACAAAAGUAUAUAAAUGUAGUCAAAGUAGAUAAAGUCAAAGUAUUGAUUGAUCAGUAAAAUGUUCUCCUGUUUCAUCAUAAACAUUCAACAUCAACACAUAAAGGAACACUUCAUCCUUCAGUUUAUCACAA